AUGACAGAGUAUUCCGUGCUCUUGGUCUCACGAUUGGACCCGUUGAGAUAUCUAUUUGACAGGCCUGUUCUGACCGGUAGGCUCAUGAGAUGGCUGGUAUUGUUGAUAGAGUUUGAUAUUCAUUAUGUCACACAAAAGUCAGUAAAAGGAAGCAUUGUUGUAGAUCAUCUAGCUUCUUUGCCGAUAUCCGAUGACAGAUCGGUUAAUGAUGAUUUCCCUGAUGAGCAGAUCAUUUCAAUGACUAGUAUUAUGGGAUGGCGGUUGUACUUUGAUGGUGCCGCCAAUCAGUCGAGGUUUGGCAUUGGUAUCUUGUUGAUAUCACCACAGGGUGAUCAUAUCCCCAGAUCAGUCCGGUUAGCAUUUUCCGAUCAUCACCGGUUGACGAAUAAUAUUGUGGAGUAUGAGGCUUGCAUUACAGGUUUGGAGACUACACUUGAUCUUGGCAUUAGACAGUUGGAGAUCCACGGGGAUUCCAAUUUGGUUAUACAGCAAACUCAGGGUAUCUGGAGGACUCGGGAUGAGAAGCUAAAACCCUACCAUGCUUACUUGGACCUGUUGAGUGAUGGAUUUGAUGUGUUAAGGUAUAUACAUCUGCCCAAGGCGGAGAAUCAGUUUGCCGAAGCAUUAGCCACCUUGGCUUCUAUGAUUGUGAUCCCCACGGGGGUGACUGUUAGGCCAUUGCUGAUUGAAACUAGGUCUGCACCAGCUUACUAUUGUCUGAUUGGAGAGAUAGAGGAUCAGAUUGAGUUGCCAUGGUUUCACAAUAUUUAUCAGUUUCUGUCAUGCGACACUUACCUAGAGUCAACCUCGGCCAAGGAUAGGAGAGCAUUGAGAUAG